UGACAGGAAGGCGUAAACAAACUGCGAGAAACGAAUGAAAUGCAGAGCUUGGCAACUUUGCGUGUACGACGAGCAGAGCAGCCACAAAAUGACCGUUCCCUUGCCAAGAUAUGAAGUCGCAAUUUAUUUUAUAAUCUAUGGUGUCUUUCUGUUGUAUGGGAUCGCAAAUAUAUUUUCGUUGAGAAAUGACUUAAUCGCGAAUACGCAAUAUAGUUUCACUAGUGGAUGGUCAAUAAUCGGAAGAAAGCGAGACGAUUCCAAUGACGAAUGGGAGAAUUUCAAAUUAUUUCUGUGGAGAAACUUUUCGUGGUAUUUCGCGCAUAUUUCUUUAACGGAAGCCUGUCGCUUCCUGGAACCGACGCUUAUUCCUGUUGCACAUUCCGUACUUGGACUUGCCUUUAUACUUGCCACAUAUCAAACACAAACCGUCCUUACAAUUCUAUGCCAGUUGUUAACAUUUUACUUAGUUUCACGUUAUUUUCGGAAAAGCAUUGUUUGGGCCCUUGCCUGUAUUUGGAUAGCUGUGAUAAAUAUCUUGAAAAAUAGUUCAAAACUAUAUCAACAUGAUACGUACGUGGAAUACUAUGAAAUGCUUAUAGCACUUUCUUGGUGCAUUUUGAAAUGUUUAAGUUUUUGCUUAAGUAAAAUUCGACAUCGAGAUGAUGACAAACUGAUUGGAUCAUUCAAUCUCGUCAACUACUUUGGAUAUUGCUUGUACUUUCCAACGUUCAUUUGUGGUCCAUUCAUGAUUUAUGAACGCUACAAGGGUUGUAUUAGCAACUCUGUUGCGACCAUCGAAGAGUUGGAAUACCGGGCGAAGUCAUUGCUCCGAAAUGGAGCGCGGAUAAUUGGAUGGCUACUAUUCACAGACUUUGCUCUUCAUUUUAUAUAUGUUUUCUAUCUGGAGCAAAAUAUAACGGUUGUAAAAUCUUUGAAUCCUUGGGCAUUGUAUGGUUUCGGCUACCUCAUGGGACAAUUCUUCCAUUGUCACUACGUAGUUUCCUAUGGGAUUGGAAUCACAAUGGCUAAGUUCGACAGAAUGGAUCCUCCAAGUCAACCGAAAUGUAUUGGGAGGAUACAUUUCUAUUCAGACAUGUGGAAGUAUUUCGACCAAGGCCUGUAUGAAUUUUUGUUUAUAUACAUCUAUUGCUCACUAUGUUCAAAAACCGGUCCUCGAUAUAAAAAGGUUUUUGCAAGCAUAGUUACGUUCAUUUUCAUAUUCAUAUGGCACGGAUUCUAUGAUUACGUGCUUAUCUGGACCGUGUUGAAUUUCGUGUGCCUCAGUGUUGAGAAUGUAUUCAAAUAUUUUGUUAAGACCGCAUUCUACGCAAACCUGGUUCGGAAUUUCAAUUUUAAAAAUCAAAAACGAAUUUAUGCUCUGAUUGGUUCGCAAAUUUUCAUACCUUCAUCGAUUUCAAACUUUUACUUUUUCGCUGGAGUGGACGUUGGAAACUACUUCAUGCAACGAACGUACCAAAGUGGACUUUUCAACUAUCUCGCAUUAAGUGUUUGCUGCUAUUGCAUAUUUCAAAGUGCCGAGUUUAUAAAUGAAUAUGAUUCCCACGGGAUCCGGUCUGUGUGAUACAUGCCAGUAUUUUUGUUUUGUUUCCCAUGCAAUAAUUAUAAGCAAAGAAUAAACAUUUCUUGUAAGAGAAA